UAGCUAGCCAGCUAGCUCCAGGCCUCAAGUUAAGCUGAGCUGCCUCCGACUCAUCCGGGAUCCAUAGCCAUUGCUAAGCUAAGCUAAGCCUGAUCGGUGUAGUGUUGGCAAUGGCUCACACGAGCUCGCAAAAGCACGGCAACGACGACGUCGACACCGGCGCGGAGGCGGCAAUGGACCAGCUCGCCGGGAGGUCGUCGUUGUCACCGGCGCGGGAGAAGACGAGGAGGCGGCCGGAGAAGAGCGGCACGGUGUGGACGGCGACGGCGCACAUCGUCGCGCUCCUGAUCGGGUCCAGCGUCCUGGCGGUGGCGUGGACCUUCGCCCAGCUCGGGUGGGUCGCCGGCCCCGCCGUCGUCGUCGCCCUCUCCGUCGUCACCUACUACUCCUCGGCCCUCCUCGCCGACUGCUACCGCGACGACGACCCUCUUCACCUCGGCGGCGGCGCCGUCCAUGGCGAGUACAUCGCCGCCGUCCGCUCCUACCUUGGUCCGAAAAGCGUGACAUUCUGCGGCAUCAUCCAGUACGGCGUUCUCUGGGCGGCGAUGGUUGGCUACACCAUCACAUCAAGUUCAAGCAUGAGUGCGGUGCGAAGAGUGAACCGCUUCCACCGCAACUGGUUGGCCGCCGGCGACGGCGACGGUGGCGGCGGCGGCGGCGGCGCCACCGGCGUCAGGUACAUGGUGGUGUUCGGCGCGUUCCAGCUGCUCCUCUCGCAGCUUCCCAGCCUCGAGAAUGUAGCGUGGCUCUCCGUCAUCGCCGUCGCGACGUCGUUCGGGUACUCCUCCAUCUGCCUCGGCCUCUGCGCCGCCAAGUGGGCGUCCCACCGCGGCGGCGUCCGUGGCACGCUCGCCGGCGCCGCCGCCGGCUCGCCGGGGGAGAAGGUCUUCAAUGUCCUCCUCGCCGUUGGGAACAUCGCUAUCUCCUACAUCUAUUCUCCCGUGCUCUUCGAAAUCCAGGACACGGUGAGAACGCCUCCGUCGGAGAGCAAGACGAUGAAGAGGGCGUCGCUGUACGGCCUCGCCAUGAGCGCCGUCUUCUACCUCGUGCUCGGAGCAUCCGGCUACGCCGCCUUCGGCGACGACGCGCCCAGCAACAUCCUCACCGGCGCCGCCUUCCACGAGCCCUUCUGGCUCGUCGACGUCGCGAACGCCUGCGUCGUCGUCCACUUCCUCGGAGCCUACCAGGUCAUCGCGCAGCCGGUGUUCGCGAGGCUGGAGGCGUACGUCGGCGGGCGGUGGCCGGAGUCCAGGCUCGUCACGGCCAGCUACGAGCUCCGCCUCCGCGUGCCGGCGUGGACGUCCGCGCCGCCGACGGCCGUGACACUGUCGCCGGCGAGGAUGGCGCUGCGGGCGGCGGUGAUCGUGGCGACGACGGCGGUGGCGGCGAUGAUGCCGUUCUUCAACGCCGUGCUGGGCUUCAUCGCCGCGCUCGGGUUCUGGCCGCUCGCCGUCUACCUCCCGGUGAGCAUGCACAUCGCGAGGGUCAAGAUCCGGAGGGGGGAGGCGCGGUGGUGGGCGCUGCAGGGCGCGAGCGCGGCGCUGCUCGUCGUCGCCGUCGGCAUGGGCGUCGCGUCCGUGCGCGACAUGGUGCAGAGGUUGAACGAAGCUGCUCCCUUCAAGACCACGGGCUAAACUAAUUUACCGAGUGCUUUAGAAAUUUAUUACGAUCACUUACAUAAUUGAUAAGGACGUGACUACGAUGAGACCGUAAGCUGGAUUGUCAUAAUCAGCGACUUCAAUCUCAUAUCCAGUUGCUAUUAGUACAUCUAAAAGUGGAUGCAUUUUUUUCUUAUA